AUGCCUGCCGCACCGAAGCAGAGGAAGAUCGCCAUUGUCGGUAGUCGGUCCGUGGGAAAAUCUUCGCUCACAGUUCGCUUCGUCGAGCACCACUUCGUCGAGAGCUAUUACCCCACAAUCGAGAACACAUUCAGCCGGAUCAUCAAAUACAAUGGACAAGAUUAUGCAACCGAAAUCGUCGAUACUGCCGGACAGGAUGAAUACAGUAUCCUCAAUUCGAAGCACUUCAUUGGCAUCCAUGGCUAUAUCAUAGUUUACUCUGUCACUUCGCGACAGUCCUUCGAGAUGGUGCGAACAAUCCGGGACAAGAUCUUGAAUCAUUUGGGGGCGGACGAAGUUCCUCUGGUGGUUGUGGGUAACAAAAGUGAUCUUAAACCAGAACAGCGACAGGUCUCUACUGAAGAGGGCCGUCAACUGGCAGAAGAGGUGAACUGUGCUUUCACCGAGGCUAGUGCCUUUCUCGAUUUCAAUGUCUCUAAGGCAUUUGAGUUGAUGAUUGGCGAGAUCGAGAAGUCCCAGAACCCAGGACAGCCAGCUGGAAACAACAAGUGUGCUGUGAUGUGA